CGGACGAUGUACCGGCUGAGGAAGUCAUUGACUCACGGCGACGACACGACAGCGCUGAGGCACGUGCUGAUCGACAUGAUAUUGCACUAGACCUUGGGACUUAUGGGCCUUAGUCAGACGAGUGGAGUCCGACCAAUCACGGCCAAGGGCUAGUGGCGCAGAAGUGGGGAAACAUAGAAAGCAGCACAGGCUCUACGGCUAUAGUUCGGCUAGAACUGAACUCCGGCCACCUUCGGCAGCAGACGAAGUAGGGCCUAAUUUUGGGUCCUAAUUAAAGGAAUUUUUCAAUAAAGUAAAAAAUAAAAAAUCGUAUUUUUGAAAUUUUUCAAAAAAAAAAAAAAAAAUAAAAAUGUAUAAUACGGUAAUAAAUAAAUUGAAAUUUUUUUACAAACCGUAUGCACUUGCUGUGGUGUCCAUUGGAUAUGUACUCGGUGAAUUGGGACAUUAUUUAAUUGGAUCGACAAGUAAAGCAACGGCAAUUGAUUUACAUUAUGGUGAUAUAUCAUGUCAGUUGAAUUCUACUGAAUUUUUGGUCAUCGAUUUGCCGGUUCAGUGCGAAGCUGCUAAUAAUUCUGAUUAUUGCUUGUCAUUAGAACUCAAUGGCACUAAUUACUGUGAAUGGAAUUACAAUGGAUUAGGUUUAGAUUAUCAAAUAUUAGCUGGGCCAAGUUUUAUUGCAGUAUUCACAGUUGUGGGAGUAAUAUUGGGUGUGGCUGCUGAUAAAUUUAACAGAGUACGAUUGUUGGCAAUAUGUACAUUAAUAUUCAGUAUUGCCAUUAUUCUGAUAGGAACUGUUAAAGAAUAUUGGCAAUUAGUUAUUUUACGUAUGAUUUUAGCUGCUGGCGAAGCAGGAUGCAAUCCACUGGCUACUGGUCUCUUAUCAGACUGGUUCGAUGAAGAGCAGCGUGGGCUCGUUAUGUCGAUUUUCAACUGGGGAAUAUAUGGCGGGUAUGGUAUCGCGUUUCCCGUUGGUCGAUACAUUCCCAAAUUAAAUGCGUGGGAUCUCGGAUGGAGAGCUUGUUACUAUGGCGCUGGUAUUGUUGGUCUGAUAAUAACCGCAUUGACAGCAUUUACUUUAGUCGAGCCUAUAAGAAAAUCGAUUGGCGAAGAAUCGACUGCCAAUACAGCUGAUAAUACUUCUAAUAAUAAUGAUAAUAAUAAAUUGACAAUAUGGAAAGUUAUAUUACAGCCUAGAAUAAUUUUACUCUGUCUCGCUGCCAGUAUCCGCCAUUGCGGUGGAAUGUGCUUCGCGUAUAACUGCGACCUCUACUACCGGGAGUACUUCCCGGACUACGAUCUAGGCUGGUGGUUAUUCGCGGUGACGAUCGUUAUUGGCAGCAUUGGAGUAGUUGUAGGUGGCGUUGUCAGCGACAAGUUCGUGGCGAAAAUGGGAAUUAGAUCGAGGGUGGCAGUGCUGGCGAUAAGUCAGAUCAUAGCGACGCCAUUUGCAUUUGGUUCGGUUUACUUCAAUCCUUUAGGAGCAAUGAUUACGUUGGGAAUUUCGUACUUCUUUGCUGAAAUGUGGUUUGGGAUCGUAUUCGCAGUAAUGGUUGAAAUAGUGCCUCUGAGUAUGCGGUCAACUACUGUAGGAAUAUUUCUAUUUGUGAUGAACAAUAUCGGCGGUAACUUACCGAUUCUAGUCGAACCAACCCGACAAGCGAUCGGGUUCAGAGAAAGUCUUUACAUUUACUACGCAGGUUUUUACGGCAUAAGUUCGAUAAUGUUCUUCUUAACAAUGUUCCUGAUGGAUGGCGGUAAGACCACUGACAAGACCGAUGACACAAAGGGUAUCGAAAAUGGCGGCAGUAAUUUGAGUAUAAGACCUAUCGAUAAUAUGAAUACCAACAAAACCAAUGGGUUAACUAUCAUUGGUGGUUAUGGACAUGAUAAUAGAAUGUUUAUUGACGAUAGUGGUAAAGUAACGGUAGACUUACCUCGAGUGACAUCUCGAUUCGAUAGUUUGAAUUCAAAUGACUCGAGACUAUAAAAAAAAUGUGAUUUGUUUUUUUUUUUUUUUUGUUAAAUUAGAACUUUACUUCAAUCGAUACAUUCGUUUUGUUCGAUUCGAUUUACUACUUUAAUUAAAAUUUAAUAUGGAUCGAUAUAUCGAUUUCAAUUUAAAUCGAGAAAUAAAUAAUUAAAUAAAUCGAUUAGUUAAAUUCUUGAAAAAUGGUACAUUACAGUGAAUCGAAAAAUGUAUGAAUCGAUAAAUCGAAUUGCAAAAAAUGGAAGUAGCAAAUUAUAGAAGAUCGAUGUAUCGAAUUGUGAUAAAAUAAAAAAAUCAAACUUAAAAAAAAAUUGACGUAUAAAAUUGAAACUAGAUUACAAAGUCGAUCGAUCGAUUCAUCGAUUCAUCGAUUACUAAUUCGAGGUAUCGAUUAAUAAAUCGAGGUAUCGAUUAAUAAAUCGAGGUAUCGAUUAAUAAAUCGAGGUAUCGAUUCAUAAAUCGAGGUAUCGAUUAAUAAAUCGAUUCAUGAAUCGAGGUAUCGAUUAAUAAAUCGAGGUAUCGAUUAAUAAAUCGAGGUAUCGAUUAAUAAAUCGAGGUAUCGAUUAAUAAAACGAUUCAUAAAUCGAGGUAUCGAUUAAUAAAUCGAUUCAUGAAUCGAGGUAUCGAUGAAUAAAUCGAGGUAUCGAUGAAUAAAUCGAGGUAUCGAUGAAUAAAUCGAGGUAUCGAUUAAUAAAUCGAGGUAUCGAUUAAUAAAUCGAGGUAUCGAUUAAUAAAACGAUUCAUAAAUCGAGGUAUUCAUUAAUAAAUCGAUUCAUGAAUCGAGGUAUUCAUUAAUAAAUCGAUUCAUGAAUCGAGGUAUCGAUUAAUAAAUCGAGGUAUCGAUUAAUAAACGAUUCAUAAAUCGAGGUAUCGAUUAAUAAAUCGAUUUAUGAAUCGAGGUAUCGAUUAAUAAAUCGAGGUAUCGAUUAAUAAAUCGAGGUAUCGAUUAAUAAAUCGAGGUAUCGAUUAAUAAAUCGAGGUAUCGAUUAAUAAAUCAAGGUAUCGAUUAAUAAAUCGAGGUAUUCAUUAAUAAAUCGAUUCAUGAAUCGAGGUAUCGAUUAAUAAAUCGAGGUAUCGAUUAAUAAAUCGAGGUAUCGAUUAAUAAAACGAUUCAUAAAUCGAGGUAUCGAUUAAUAAAUCGAUUCAUGAAUCGAGGUAUCGAUUAAUAAAUCGAGGUAUCGAUUAAUAAAUCGAGGUAUCGAUUAAUAAAUCGAGGUAUCGAUUAAUAAAUCGAGGUAUCGAUUAAUAAAUCGAGGUAUCGACUAAUAAAUCAAGGUAUCGAUUAAUACAUCGAUUCAUAAAUCGAGAUAUCGAUUAACAAAUCGAGGUAUCGAUUAAUAAAUUAAUCCAACAAUCGAGAUAUCGAUUAAAAAUCGAGAUAUCGAUUAAAAAUCGAGGUAUCCAUCAAUAAAUCGAUGUAUAGAUUAAGAUCGAUUCUUCGAUUAAAAAUCGAUUUUUCGAGUUUUGAUGAUUCGAUUUAUCGAUUUAAUUUAAAUUACUACUUCUAAAUUAUUUUAGAUUGAUAUCAGAACAACUCAAUAAUAAAUCAAACAAAAUUUUAUUUUUUUUUCCGUUUACUUUUUUAUUGAUAUUCAUUGCAAUUAUUUAUCGAGUUAACAUUUAUCACAAUUGACAAUUUACUUUAUUAUUAUUUAUUAAUUAAUCUUGUUAUAAAAAUGACUUGUAAUUAUUACUUUUUAUUAUUAUUAUUAUAAUCAAUGUAUGAUAAUUAUUGUUAAGUUUAAAAUAUCAUUAAUAUUUAUAAGUGUAAAGAUAAGUUCAUAUUUACAAAAUAUAUAAAUAACAAUAUAAAUAACUGUAAUAUCAAUGUAUAUACAAAUUACAUAU